UUCCGGUCUGCCCACCCGAGUAAAAAGCUACCGAGGCUGUGUGGGUCGAUUCUUUGGCCGCUUUGUCUUUUUUUUGUUGAUGGUUAGACUCUGUGAGAGAAGGAUGAAGUUCAUCUUGGCUGCCACGGUCAUCGUGGGCUCCGUGUUUUUUCUCGCCUUCCCCAGUGGCUCGUCGGCCGACGAGAGGAAGAAGGGACCCAAAGUAACCGCCAAGGUGUACUUUGAUAUGAAAAUCGGAGACGAUGAAGUGGGCCGGAUCGUCAUCGGGGUGUUCGGGAAGACCGUCCCCAAGACUGUUGAGAACUUUGUGGCCUUGGCAACAGGAGAGAAAGGCUUUGGCUACAAGGGCAGCAAGUUCCAUCGUGUCAUCAAACAGUUCAUGAUCCAGGGAGGAGACUUCACCAAGGGAGAUGGAACCGGAGGAAAGAGUAUUUACGGCGACCGGUUCCCCGACGAGAACUUCAAGCUGAAGCACUACACCCCCGGCUGGCUCAGCAUGGCCAACGCCGGCAAGGACACCAACGGCUCACAGUUCUUCAUCACCACUGUCAUGACCAGCUGGCUGGAUGGCAAGCACGUGGUCUUUGGAAAAGUCCUGGAGGGAAUGGAAGUGGUGCAUAAGAUCGAGAACACAAAGACGGACAGUCGCGAUAAGCCCCUCCAAGACGUGGUCAUCUACGACUGCGGCAUGAUCAAAGUAGACGAGCCGUUCGCCGUAGCCAGGGAAUGAGCAGAACUGUGUGUGUGGGGUGGGGGUCGGAGUGUUCAUCGUGCAGGCCACUGCAUGUCCAGUCUGGAAGGAGAAGCUUCUCUGGCUCUUGAAAGAGUGGCGCCCGGCGGUGGUCAGAAAGCAACAAAGGCGUGUCGAUAUCUAUGACGACACUCUGGCUCCAUCAAGCAUUCCAAGGUGCUUCAAUGGUCUUUUUGUUCUUCGUUUUUUUUUUUUUUUUUUUUUUUUUUUUUUAAUUAUUAAAAAAAAAAGGUUCCUUGAAAUAAAGCUUCCAGGUUUUGUUAAAUUCUUUUUGGGGGACAUUUAUACUUCUUGUACAUUUCACUUUAUAAUACGAAUCCUUUAGUCAUCCGCAGAUGGUAAGUGAAACGUGCAGAAAUUUAAGUGUAAUUCUCCCUUUGAGGUACAAGGGGGCAGCAUUGUGCUGUGAAUGGUUUUCUUUUGACCGCCAGCUAAUGGAGCCACCAGGAGGCAUGUGCCAUCUACUUUCCAAUGUCCUGUAUCUAUUUAACCAACAUCAAUCUUUGAUCUCGCUACAAUUCUGCCCAGCAACAACAUUUCUCAGCACGCGCACACCACAUUUGCACUAGGAAUUGUAAUUUGUCGUUCUCGUUUUACAUAAGCAUGUUUGUGAUGCUUGUCCAUGACCGCUUAGGCCACUAAAGUACUUUAGUGUGCUUGUUUGGCCCUCUCAAAGCACCCACUAGGGGGCGGAGAGCUAGUGUACAACCCGAAUUCCAAUUAAGUUGGGACGUUGUGUUAAACAAAUAAAAACGGAAUGCAAUGAUUUGCAAAUCAUGUUCAACCUAUUUAAUUGAAUACACUACACAGACAAGAUAUGUAAUUUUUAAACUCUUAAACUUUAUUAUUUUUAGCAAAUAAUCUUAGAAUUUUAUGGCUGCAACAUGUUCCAAAAAAGCUUGGACAGGGUCAUGUUUACCACUGUUACAUCGCCUUUUCUUUUAACAACAUUUAAUAAACGUUUGGGAACUGAGGACACUAAUUGUUGAAGCUUUGUAGGUGGAAUUCUUUCCCAUUCUUGCUUGAUGUACAGCUUCACAGUCUGGGGUCUCCGUUGUCAUAUUUUACGCUUUAUAAUGAGCCAUACAUUUUCAAUGGGAGACAGGUCUGGACUGCAGGCAGGCCAGUCUAGUACCCGCACUCUCUUACUAUGCUGAAAUAAGCAGGGGCAUCCGCGAAAAAGACAUUGCUUGGAUGGCAGUAUAGGUUUCUCCAAAACCUGUAUGUACCUUUUCAGCAUUAAUAGUGCCUUCACAGAUGUGUAAGUUACCCAUGCCAUGGGCACUAACACAGCCCCAUACCAUCGCUGAUGCUGGCUUCUGAACUUUGUGUCCAUAACAGUCCGGGUGGUUCUUUUCCUCUUUGGCCCCGGAGGACACGACGUCCACAAUUUCAAAAACAAUUUGAAAUGUGGACUCGUCGGACCACAGAACUCUUUUCCACUUUCCAUCAGUCUAUCUUAGAUGAGCUCGGGCCCAGAGAAGCCGGCGGCGUUUCUGGGUGGUGUUGAUAAAUGGCUUUUGCUUUGCAUCGUAGAGUUUCAAGUUCCACUUACGAAUGUAGCGCCAAACAUUGGUUUUCUGAAGUGUUCCUGAGCCCAUGUGGUGAUAUCAUUUACACAUUGAUGUCGUUUUUUGAUGCAGUGCCGGCUGAGGGAUCGAAGGUCACGGUCAUUCAAUGUUGGUUUUCGGCCUUGCUGCUUACAUGCAGUGAUUUCUCCAGAUUCUCUGAACCUUUUGAUGAUGAUGAUGAUGAUGAUAUGGACCGUAGCUGAUGAAAUCCCUAAAUUCCUUGCAUUUGUGCGUUGAGGAACAUUGUCCUUAAACUGUUUGAGUAUUUUCUCACGCACUUGUUCACAAAGAGGUGAACCUCACCCCAUCUUUGCUCUUGAAUGACUGAGCAAUUCAGGGAAGCUCCUUUUAUACCCAAUCAUGGCACCGACCUGUUCCCAAUUAGGCUGUUCACCUGUGGGAUGUUCCAAACAGGUGUUUGAUGAGAGUUCCUCAACUUUCUCAGUCUUUUUUGCCACCUGUCCCAGCUUUUUUGGAAUGUGUUGCAGCCAUAAAAUUCUAAGUUAAUUUGCUAUAAACAAUAAACUUUGUCAGUUUGAACAUUAAAUAUCUUGUCUUUGUAGUGUAUUCAAUUAAAAAUAGGUUGAACAUGAUUUGCCAAUCAUUGUAUUCUGUUUUUUAUUUUUGUUUAACACAAUGUCCCAACUUCAUUGGAAUUGGGGUUGUACUUAUAUUUCAUCUUUCAAGUGUUUGACACACCUUCCUGUCUUUGUCCCAUCUUCCUGACGCUCCCAAUGCAGUGUGUUGGAACAAACUCUUUGCAGGCAAGUCCCAGCCUGGCCCUUGCAUGCUGCUUUUGGUAUAUUGGUGCGUAAUAUCGUUAUUAAUAUUAAGGUCCACGUGAUAAGGAGGGGAAGAAAGCGGCGUUGCAUGGGCCUUCAUGUAAGCAAGCAAAAGAGGCUCAAGCAGUGUGGACCGCUGCAUUGUAGUAGUAAUAUUGACAGUUUCAAAUAUUUUGACUGGCUCUUGUAGUUGAAAUCUACUUUGAAUAUCAAUUAAAAUAAUGUUUAUAUAAUUGGACAAUUUUCAUUUUUUCAAAUCAUUUUUAAAAAUGUGUAUAUCUAGCGCACGUGUCAAACUAGGCUCAAGGACCAAAUCAGGUCUGCCACAUAAUUUUAUAUAUCCCACGAAAGCAAAUAGUGUUAUCCUCAUGAUUUUGCGAAGAGGAUUUAUUCAUUUUUUGGCAGAAAAUCUGUACCUAAAUACAUUUUUUUAUUCACUUUUCAAAAAUUAUUACAAGAUAUUUUUUUUUUUACCACCCAAUCAUUUCAUAACAACUGAGAAAUAGUAAAAAUUAAAGUAAUACUCCUAUUUAUAAAUUCAAUAUCUGCUUGCUGCUAUUUUCUGACUUCUGAUGACAAAUGUGUUCGAAACAAUUAGAUGCACCGAUACUGAUACAAGUAUCAGUGCCAAUACUGUUCAUCUGUACACAAAAAAAAAUGCUCCGAUACUGACACACUGAUACCACUUUACCAGCCUGGGAGGUGGAGUAGGAACCACGGCGACCAUGUGGAGAUACUUUAAGAUAAACAUGGAUGAUAACUCUUUGUUAGCCGACUCCACAAACUGUGCUCUACAAAAUGGAUGAUGAAUUCCACGUAGGCAGUGAUUGAGGGCAAUCACCAUGGUUCUCGAUCCCUGUCACCGGCUUCGCUCUGCUAGCCACGGGCCUGUCACAAAGCCUCUACAACGCAUCACGUCGAGUAAAGAGAGUUUCAGAGCAAACCCAUUCUACCGUGUCAGGAAGUGUGCAGCUGUGUUUUGCCCAGAUCCAGUCAGGCAUCCAGUGACUCACCAGGACGGGCAAAAAAUAUGGAAAGAAUUCCCUGGAAUCUUUAAAGCCUCUCUUGUUUGGACUGUGGCGAUUGGGGGGAUUGUGUGCUGAAACAGUGUUGUUGUUCACCUAGUGGCCUGCGCCGCACAGGCCGGACAUAUCUGACAUAGCUGUGCACGCGAGGCUUUGUCACGUAGAUUAAACGAACAUUGCAGAGAAUCACCGCAAACAAAGAAUGCCAACGCAUCCUGGGACGCUGCCCCCCUCGCCGAAUCAACCUGUCGUUUACACUUAGUGACACAACCUGUUUUUUUUGUCUGUUUCCUAUUUUGUGUAGAGUACCUCAAUUUGCAGGGGCUCUAAAGGACAAGCUCAAGAUCCAAAGCAUACCACAUCACGUGACAAACCUACAAGUAUGCAAGAUUGCAUUGAUCCUUUUUAAAGAAUAAACAUCUAUUGAGAAACUUGAA